AUGCCUUCCAGAGAACAGCAGACCGAAGUCAGAGAUGCCUACCUGGCGCUCUGGAGCGGUGACCUGUCGCUCGCCGACAAGAUCUUGGACCCCAACGUCAAGCUCAACAUUGACCGCCAUCCGGCGGGAGAGGGCACCGCGCCUGUCGUCGCCAACACGGACAAAGACUUUCUCGGCUUCGUAACCAUGGCACGCCACGGCUGGGAGCACUUCAGCUUCAAGGUCGUCCGUUGGGCGGCCGACGACAAGUACAUCUGCGUCCGCUGGCAGGCACAAGCCACCAUGGGCAAGGACUACAAGCCCCCGACGUCUCUUAAGCCCGGCGACCAGAUCACCUGGAACGGGACCGACUUCCUCGUCUUGAAUGAUUCCAACCGCCUCGUGGAGAUCAACAUUGCCCAGGACAUGUUGGAGCUGUUCCAUGCGCUGGGAGCGAAAUCAGUCGCCAUCUAA